AUGGAAGCGGGGCAAACGAAUCCAUACUCAAAUCAGGUCGGUUCAGCGUCCACGCAGAGUAAAACUCGCGCAAUUCAAAAUCAUCCAACCACCAUGGCGUACGUGCGGGACGAACACACAGUUGUAAAGUACGAGAACCUAGCUCCGGUGAGUGUUGCUUCCCUGAGCGUGAACGAACCACGAUUGGGAAAUAACCACCUCGCAACACAUCAAUGGGUCGUACAAGACCACACUGGGGCCGUUGGUUGGCCAGCCAACACAGUGAGUUUACAAGAAGUUAAACCAAUCUUGAGAGAGGAUGCAUCGCCUGUUAUAACAACAAUUGCCGGUGCAACUCUCGUCCAUCAUCGACCUGUGAUGCCUUUGGAGCAAGCACGUUGGUCUAAUGCAGCGACACAUGGGGCUCACUCGCCUGAUCACACUCGCAUUCACAUAAGCGGCGCGAUGCAAGCAGUUCCCACGACUCAUCCUUCGUACGGCACCAUUAACGGCACCGUUCAGCUGCAGGGAGGGUUCCCGCAAACUGCGCAAACAAUUCGCGAAAGUCCGAACGGCCAAGACGUUUCGCAUGGAGCGCACCCCGAUCUGGAAGCGCAGGAUGACACUCCUACAUCGGACGACCUCGAACAGUUCGCCAAAGAAUUCAAACAACGGAGAAUCAAGCUCGGGUUCACUCAGGCUGAUGUAGGACUUGCUCUAGGCACUCUGUAUGGAAACGUUUUCAGCCAGACGACCAUUUGUCGCUUCGAGGCGCUGCAACUAAGUUUUAAGAAUAUGUGCAAGCUCAAACCCUUGUUGGCCAAGUGGCUCGAGGAAGCGGAUAACAAUAACGGGGCCGCGAGCGGCGUUGAUAAGCUAGCAACUCAGGGAAGAAAACGAAAGAAGAGAACCUCUAUUGAGGUGGCAGUCAAAGGCGCGCUUGAAAACCAUUUUUGCAAAAAUCCAAAGCCAUCGGCCCAGGAAAUUGGUGGCUUGGCAGAAAACCUUGGUCUGGAUAAGGAGGUUGUUCGAGUUUGGUUCUGCAACAGACGACAGAAAGAAAAGCGUAUGACUGCUUCAGUUACUGGCGGACCCGAAGACCAACAUGUAGGAUCGCCUCACGUCUCUUCCCCUCACGUUUCUUCUCCUCAUGUUUCCUCGCCGCACAUUGUCGGUCCGCAUCUGACAGGACCGCAGUAA